AUGACUACGUGUCCCACAAGGCUGACCAGUCCGAGUACCAGUGCGAAUCACGUAAGAGCAGCGAACAGCACUAAGAGACCCUCCACUCUGAGCGUACCACUCACGAAGCUGGCGAGGCGUGAGAGACACGCGAGAGGGUCGCGGGAGCUGCAUCUGGCCGUCACCACGAGUAGAAGCAGCAGGAGUGGUAGUAGGAGUAGCGUCGCCACCCCUACAGCCCCAACCAGCGUACCACUCACGCAGCUGCUGCGGCGUGAGGGACUCACGCCGGCGUCGCUGGGGCUGCAUUUGGCUCCGCAAGUAGAAGCAGGAGCAGGACUAGCAGCAGGGAGGCAGGCAGCCAGGCAAGCCAAAAGGCAGGCAGGCAGGCAAGCAGGCGACGCGCAGCGUGCUAGCAGGGCAAGAGCUCACCAGUGGCGACGGGAAAAGGGGGGGGUGGGUGGUGGGGGGCCGGUAGGUGCAGCGGCGGGGCCAGCAGGUGCAGUUGCGGGGCCGGUAGAAGGGGACGGCAGGAGCCGUCAGGAGGGGACGGCGGGGCCGUCAGGAAGGGACGGCGGGGCCGUCACGAAGGGACGGCGGGGCCGUCAGGAGGUGACCGGGCCGCGACGGGGGCAGGCGGCGGGGCCGCGUAAGGGCCUGGGCGGGGCCGCGACAGAGCCGUCGGCGGGGCCGCGUGAAAGCCGGGGCGGGGCCGCGUAG